UGCAAUUUGACAAGUCACACACAUUCUUUUUAUUUAAAUUUGGCUUUGAAAACGUCUAAACAUCUGACCAAGUAGGUCCUUUUCUAUAUCCGGUUUGUAGGCAGACAUGGGUAAAUUUAUGAAAUCUGGAAAAGUGGUGUUGGUCCUUGGUGGACGAUUUGCUGGGAGAAAAGCUGUUAUUGUUAAGAACUAUGAUGAGGGAACUACAGACAAGCCUUAUGGUCAUGCAUUAGUUGCUGGUAUUGACAGAUAUCCCAGGAAAGUAACAAGAAGCAUGGGUAAAAAGAAACUUAAACAGAGAUCUAAAGUCAAGUCUUUUGUGAAAGUUUACAACUUCAAUCACCUUAUGCCAACCAGAUAUUCAGUUGAUAUCAACUUUGAAAAGAAUGUGGUCAACAAAGAUGUCUUCAGAGAUCCAGCUCUAAAAAGGAAAGCCAGGAGAGAAGUGAAAGCCAAAUUUGAAGAGAGAUACAAGACUGGUAAAAAUAAAUGGUUUUUCCAGAAAUUGCGAUUCUAAUUGGUUCUCUGCAUUAAAUUAUCUCAUGCAA